AUGAGUCAAGAUCUGGAAUCACCACCUCCGGUCCCAGAGAAAGACUAUGUCACACGCUUGCCGUCACUAGACAGUGACCGGAGAGGAAGCAAGGUGUUCGACAUGGCCGCAUUCAGCACUCACAUCUACGACGGUCGGCACAGAGAGGCGCAAGUUCUCGGUCAAAGCAGGGAGUUCAUUCGAUCGAUAGACCAAAAUCAAGACGAUGAUCUAGAGACGCUGAGGACACCGCCACGCAGCAUAAAGGUAGAAAAGAUUCGCUCUGGUCGAGACUCGCCCAUUGAUGGGUCAAGUCCAUUCCGACUAAAGCGAGGCGAUACCCUCAGAAGAAGCUUGGGGUCUGAAAUAUCAGAACUCUGGCCGUCACCACCACCAACCGCGUGGGUAAGGCGGCAGGGUAUCCUCGAUUCAUUACCGUCAUCGAGAUUCGGUCGGGAUAUGAAUAGGAGAUCACAAUGUAGCGCAGACUACAAGCGAAGGAGCGAUGCAAGCUCAGUGUUUUAA